GGGCGCCAUGUUGAAUCCUACCGUGUGGCCCACACGUCGAGAGAGUGAGCUGGAAACAAACACGGCUUGGCGACGGAGCGGGACAGCUCACUAUAUCGACCGGUGAUUUCUAGGCGUCUCAUCCUUGUGCUUGAAUAUGGCCAAGCAUCAUCCCGAUCUUAUCUUCUGCAGGAAGCAAGCAGGAGUUGCUAUCGGGAGGCUCUGUGAGAAAUGCGAUGGGAAAUGUGUCAUCUGUGACUCCUACGUCCGCCCCUGCACCCUUGUGCGGAUCUGCGAUGAGUGCAACUAUGGUUCCUAUCAAGGAAGAUGCGUAAUUUGCGGAGGUCCCGGAGUUUCGGACGCCUACUAUUGCAAAGAAUGUACAAUUCAAGAGAAGGACCGCGAUGGUUGUCCAAAAAUUGUGAAUCUUGGUAGCUCGAAAACGGAUCUUUUCUAUGAAAGAAAAAAAUAUGGUUUCAAAAAAAGGUAGCCCCGGCCAAACGGUACAGGGGUACCGAUCAUAUCUUACGCAUGCACUGUAAACACUGUGUUAAUAAAUACUCCAUUGAGAAUAAUUAU